GAAUAUGAAAAUUCUGCAGGUGUUUAGUGUGGUUCUGCUUGGCAUAGCCUUGGUGUACUCCACUGAGAUAUGUCAGGAGUCAGACUAUACCAUUAUCAAGUGUGGAGCUCCAGGAAGAGAUGGUGCACCAGGCAAAGAUGGGAAAAAUGGGUUAAAUGGAGAAAAGGGAGUAGCAGGCCCAAGAGGACCACCUGGACUUCCUGGUGCUGAUGGACGUCCAGGGAAAAAUGGCGAACAAGGACCUAAAGGCGAGAAAGGUGAAAAAGGAGAUAGUGGAGCCUCAGUGCUUGAACCUCUUAAAUUUCAAUUGGGCAUUUUGGAUAGAAGAUUACUGAAAGUGGAGUCAAACGUGCAAACGCUUAGAAACGCUUUAACAUUUUCUAAGAGUGCAGCAGCAGCUGGAAACAAGAUCUAUAUUUCACAAGGUGUAACGGCGAAUUACAAUGAUGCCAUAAACACUUGUGCCGGAACAGGAGGUCAAUUGCCUAUACCACUGAAUGAAGAUGAGAACAACGCUGUAAAGAAAAUAGUGAAUCAAUAUAAUUUCUUUGCAUAUCUGGGUGUAAAUGACCUUCAGGAUGAAGGAACAUUCAGAUAUCUAAAUGGUGAAAAGAUUAAAUACUCAAUCUGGUAUGAUAAUCAACCAGAUAAUUAUAAACUAAACGAAGAUUGUGUGGAAAUGUAUGGGGAUGGGAAAUGGAAUGAUCAGAAUUGUAAUGAAAAACGUCUGAUCAUCUGUGAAUUCAUUUUGUAAGUUUGAAAUAUUAAUAAAAAGUGUCCUCUAAAGGCAUUAAAAAUUAUUCCUAAAUGGAA